AAUCAAAUAAUUAUUUUCUUUUUUAACGAACUAAUGCUUGCCUUAAAACAUAGCAAAACAAAUUUAUUAUUUUAACUGACUUAUCCAUUUCAAUCGUAUCUUAUGAAUUUAUAAUAUAUUUUAAUCGCCGGCGUCUCUCAUAUUUUGAAAAGCAUUUGUUCUUGAAUAGAGUUAAAAUAUCAAGUAAACGAAGUGAUAUUCCCAAUUUGGUUUGUUUUGAAUGUGAUGGUGUAAAUCGUCAACAGUGGGCAUCGCUCACCGUGGAGACUUAUUAGAAGCUCUAAAGGGAGGAUGUCUAACGUCGAAAACGUAUGUCCGCAAGUUCUGCGUGGUGUGACGCGCGAACUUCGACGGCUCGCGGCCAAUCCACCUUCAGGCAUAAAGCUUGUCCUUCGAGAUGACAAUAUUACCGAUGUCGUAGCACUGAUUGAAGGCCCUGCGGAUACGCCGUACGCCGGUGGAGUGUUUCGCGUUCGUCUCGCUCUGGGCCGCGAGUUCCCGACGGCGCCGCCGCGCGCUUACUUCCUUACCAAGAUAUUCCACCCCAACGUGUCGGUGGCGGGCGAGGUCUGCGUCAACACGCUCAAGCGCGACUGGCGACCGGAGCUCGGGCUCGAGCACGCGCUGCUCGCUGUCAAGUGUCUGCUGAUCGCACCCAACGCGGAUUCGGCGCUCAACGCAGAAGCUGCGGCGCUACUGCGCGACCGCUACGAUGACUACUUCGCUCGAGCCAAACUAUACACCGAUAUACACGCCCGUGGGCGCGAGGUGGAGGCGGAGGCGGGCGCGGGCACGGAGGCGGCGGCGGCGGCGGCGGCAGGCGGCGAAGGGCCGCGCGCCAAGCGUGAGCGCCGUCCGGCCGCGCCGCCCGCACGCGACAAACGUCGCAUCCUCAAGCGCUUAUGAGGCGCUGAGCGCGUCGCCUAUGUUUCUCCCGCACGUGUAUUGUCAUGAUUUUUAAGAUAUAGGAGUGUAAAAAUGUGUCCUUUAGUUGUAUUUAUUUUCUAAUAAAUAAUAAUAAUGAUAAAAUUUAGUACAUGCUUC